AUGACGGGCGGGUCUUCGAUUACUGGUGACCGUUACGUUUGCUCCGCCUACAAUCAAUACUCAUUGAUAAAAUGUGCACGUUUUCGCCUCUCGUACGUGGGACAGGCACGUCAGGACACCGUGCAAUCGCGGCUUAACGUUGACCCCCUUCGUUCCACGAUGCAUCCCAUCUACAAUCUUACUGCUGUAGGUUUACGAUCGGAUUUUCCUUAUGUGAAUUUGAAUUCCAGAUGCAUACGGAUAGACUGUCCAUAUCCUGGCGCCGAGGUAGAAUUUCUGCAAAUGGUUUUAAGAUUAUCUAACGCUACAGCGACGUUAAUACCAAGAGAAAUGUCAACCGAUGAAAUGAUCAAUAUGUUAGGCAACGGCACAGCAGAUAUAACGAUUUUCUCUCUUAUUCAAAAACCCGAAAGGAUGAAAAAGGUGGAGUUCACGAUGCCGAUAGGUUAUAUAUACACUGGAUACUUCAUUAAGGAGGCACUUACUCUCCUAAUUCUUACAAGUCUAAGUGUUGCGACUCUUCUUUACUGCUAUUCCAGAAUUUUUAACAGUACCAAUUUGUCGCUAACGAGAUUUAUGAUGGCAACUUUUAAACCACUUCUAAAGCAAUUUCAAUUGAACGUUAACGGUCCUACCUGUGUGAGAAUUCUCGCAUGUGCUUGGCUAUGGUUCUGUUUUACAGUAAUAGUGCAUUACGAGGCAAAAUUGCGUAGUGUAUUUACAUUGACGCGCAUUUGUGGGACGUUGUUCACGGACUUGGACGGGGCGAUGGAUGCAAUAGAAGGCCAUGGAUGGAAGAUGAUUAUCCAGAAAGGAGGUUACUCACCUUUUUGGUACUGCAAUCCGGACCAAUGUGCGAGAUUGCGACGACUUCAGUCAAGGGACUUAGUGCAGGAAAGUACGGACGAUGUAAUGACCGUGCUCUCUCAUGAUCGACAAUUUGUGUUCAGUGCUCUAACAGACGAUCUAGCACCGUAUCCAAUGUCAAUAAUUGAUGAUCGUAGACGAUUGCUCUUUGUCAGGGACGAAUUUAUGACACCACAGUUACUUGCGUAUGCCAUAAGAAAAGGAAUGCCCACUGUUUUGCGAAGGAAACUAAACUCUGCAAUUGCUCUGACUCGCCCCAGUUUUGCAACAAUUCGUGGACGUUAUCAAAAACCAUACGAACGGUUCGACGGCACUGAUAAAUUUCAGCAAGAAACUGCGCUUACAUUAGACCAUUUUAGCGUCUUACUCGAAGUCUCGUCUAAGGCCUACCUUGCUGCAUUUGUCAUCUUUAUAUCAGAAUUGCUCUACUUCCGUUACGGCCACAUUCUUCAGCGAUAUGUUCACAUUGGUCGUGAGAAGAUUAACAUCUUCAUUUCACCAGAGACUGAGAUCACAGCGAAAAUCAAAGCAGAAAAAUGCUUGAAAUCCUUCAAAUAUGAACAAUCGAAACGAGUGCUUGGCAAUCAGCAGUGA